AUGCAUGGUGUUUUUUCAGUGUAUGAUAUGAAUUAUGAUAAAAAAUGUAAAGGUAACAGCGAUUGUAUUGUUACAAAGGACAAAAAUGUAUAUAACUUAGGUUACAACCAAAAUGAUUAUUUGGAGACUAGUGACAAACAUAUUGGCCAACACCUAAAAAAGAUAGAAGAACUGUGUGGGAAAAACAUAAAGACCUUAGAUUGGAGCUGCUCUUUUAUUCUGGCACUAACAGUGAAGGAAAGAGCAAUUCGACAAGACACAAAAUCGGGCAACAAAUCACAUUCAUCUAUGGUUGUAUCUGAAGUAGCUGGUUUAAGUGACAAAUAUAUUGUAGAUAUCGCAUGUGGAAGUGAUCAUUCACUUGCUCUGACUAAUGAUGGAAAGGUGUAUGCUUGGGAAGAAAAUGAUUAUGGACAGCUUGUCAUUGAAAAGUCGAGUACUUUUGAUGGUGUUUGCAGGCAAGUAAAACGUGAAUUGGAAGGUCAGAAGAUUGUCCAUAUAACCUGCGGCUCAUUCUUCAACAUAGUUAUUAAUGACAUGGGCAAACUAUACUGUUGGGGCGACAACAUUAUAAAAUGUUUCAUCACUGCAGAAAAAGUGAUAGUUAAGGUGGCUUGUGGAUUUCAUCACGUGUUAGCACUUACGGAUAAUGGAAGAAUCUAUACCUGGAGCUGGAACGAUAAAAGACAAACAAGUGUUAAUUAUGAUGAGUUAUCCUCCCUUGUGGAUAUGCCCGAGUUGGUUAAGGACAUCGCUGCCGGUGGAAACUUGAGCGUUGCUCUCUGUAAUAAUAAGAUUGUGUAUGUAUGGGGCGUCUGUUUCGGUCGGUAUAUUAACGAUCCAUUUCCCAGAUUCUCCAAGAUUGACGAUGCGUUCGCCUACAGUGACUCAAGAGUCAUGUAUAAGCCGUUGAUUGUAUCUACAAAUAAUUACUAUUAUUUCGAAGAAGCAUUGAAUAUAUUGAAUUUCCUGGAAGCAGGAUUCGAUGAUCCGGUAACAAGCGAUUUUAUUAUACAAGUUAAAGGAAAACGUAUUCACGUUCAUAAAGCCAUUCUUCAACUUCGUUGGCGACAUUUCAAAGAUAAGUUAAAACAUGAUUGGUUUGACAAUCUAGAUGAGUCGAUAUACACUGUAUCCGAUGAAUUUUCCUACACGGUAUACAAAGCCUUCUUAAAAUACUUAUAUACAGGGACAGUCGAUUUACCUUCAGAGGAUGCAUUAGGUGAAAUAGAGCUUUUAAAAAGAGUGUGUCGAAUAAUAAAGCAAGCAAUCGUCGCGUCAAAUGUAGGUUUAUACUGCAGUAAGGCAAUCGAGUACAAUGCUAAAGAGCUCGAAGAGUUUUGUAUACAGUUUGCUUUAUGUCACAUGACAGAUGUAGUACUGUCUGAGGAAUAUAUUAAGUUAGAUGUGAUUAUAAAAGAUAUUUUUAUACGUAAGGCAGCCGAAGCAAAACUUUUUAGAACAAAUCAUAAACAGAAGAUCGUCUUAUUGCAAAAUUGCCUUGCAUUUAUAUUCGGUUGUGUGUGUAUGAAUGCGCAACGUAAAUAUCCCACUUACUCGAGAUUCGUCAAAAAUUGCAUCGGCAGAAAAUCGCAGUACCGGCGCAUCAUGUCGCCAUCGCCGAAAAAGAAUCUUUGUACCUCGGAAAACAAAGACGAGAAGCAGGAGAAAAGUUUAGAGACUCCCUUCGACCUUUUUAGUUCGCCUGAAAAAGGAGAGAUGCCGAAAGAAGAGAGGACAAAUUUGUCAUGUGAUCUCGUGAAGGAGAUAUAUCCUUCGGAUUUGAGGAGCUGGCCGAUUUGUAACCUGCUAACGCGCGAAUUUAUCAUGCAAAUUCGCAUGGUUCUGGUAUAUGGUAAAGGUAACAGCGCUCUAAUUGUUACAAAGGACAAAAAUGUGUACAACUUAGGUUAUAACGAAAGUUAUCAUUUGGAGACUAGCAACACACAUAUUGAUCUAUACCCAACAAAGAUAGAAGGACUUUGUGGGAAAAACAUAAAGACCUUAGAUUAUAGCAGCUCUUUUAUUCUGGCACUUACAGAAGAAGGAAAGGUUUAUUCUUGUGAGUUCAACAAGACACGAAAAUCGGGCAACAAAUCACAUUCAUCUAUGGUUGUAUCUGAAGUAGCUGGUUUAAGUGACAAAUAUAUUGUAGAUAUCGCAUGUGGAAAUGAUCAUUCACUUGCUCUGACUAAUGAUGGAAAGGUGUAUGCUUGGGGAAAAAAUGAUUAUGGACAGCUUGGCAUUGAAAACUCAAGUACUUUUGAUGGUAGUUUGCCAAGGCAAGUAAAACAUAAAUUGGAAGCACAGAAGAUUGUCCAUAUAGCCUGCGGCUCAUCCUUCAACGUAGUUAUUACUGACAUGGGCAAACUAUACUGUUGGGGCAACAACAAUUGGUAUCAAAUUUUAAUGGAUACUGAUUCUUUUUUUUAGUGUAUAGUAUUGAAUAUCCUUCUGAUCAUCAUUGUUUUAGUUAAGGUGUCUUGUGGAUUUGAUCACGUAUUGGCACUUACGGAUAAUGGAAGAAUCUAUACCUGGGGCAAGAACGAUAAAGGACAAACAGGUGUUAAUAAUCCAUCAACCAUGAAUGUCUCCCCUCCGACCAUGGUGGAUAUGCCCGAGUUGGUUAAGGACAUCGCUGCCCGUGGAAACUUGAGCGUUGCUCUCUGUAAUAAUAAGAUUGUGUAUGUAUGGGGCGUCUGUUUCGGUCGGUAUAUUAACGUUCCAUUUCCCACCGAUUUCUCCAAGAUUGACGAUGCGUUCGCCUACAGUGACUCAAGAGUCAUGUAUAAGCCGUUGAUUGUAUCUACAAAUAAUUACUAUUAUUUCGAAGAAGUAUCGAAUAUAUUGAAUUUCCUGGAAGCAGGAUUCGAUGAUCCGGUAACAAGCGAUUUUAUUAUACAAGUUGAAGGAAAACGUAUUCACGUUCAUAAAGCCAUUCUUCAACUUCGUUGUCGACAUUUCAAAGAUAAGUUAAAACAUGAUUGGUUUGACAAUCUAGAUGAGUCGAUAUACACUGUAUCCGAUGAAUUUUCCUACACGGUAUACAAAGCCUUCUUAAAAUACUUAUAUACAGGGACAGUCGAUUUACCUUCAGAGGAUGCAUUAGACCUUAUGAAAUUGGCCGACGACUAUGGAGUGAUUUGUCUGAAGAGAGAGUGUAGUCGGAUAAUAGAGCAAUUAAUCGUCGUGUCAAAUGUAGGUUUAUACUGCAGUAAGGCAAUCGAGUACAAUGCUAAAGAGCUCGAAGAGUUUUGUAUACAGUUUGCUUUAUGUCACAUGACAGAUGUAGUACUGUCUGAGGAAUAUAUUAAGUUAGAUGUGAUUAUAAAAGAUAUUUUUAUACGUAAGGCAGCCGAAGCAAAACUUUUUAGAACGUAAAUUUGUUUUACAAAGAGCAAAUUUCGUCACUAGGAGCUCGAGGAAUUGUGUGUCCAAUUUGCUGUACGUCACAUGAAAGAUGUAGUAGUUACGAAUAACUAUGAGAAAUUAGAUAGGGACACACAAUAUCAGUUAUUACUUAGAGCAGUCAAAGAAUAUGAUUUUCAAACAUAACUCUUCCGAAGAGCUUUGAUAUGAGUUUCGAGUGAAAUCGCAGAUUGAUUUUUUAUUUCUUUUGUGUGCAGUAACGAUAUAUGUCA